AUGGAAACAGCAGAUUUUGAUGCAUUUCUUGGAUGGGGCGAAGAUCAGGAUGAGUUCCCCGACCUCCAGUAUACCUUAGGCAGUGACGAAGCAUUUACAUGGGACCAACUUUUGGAUGAGUACUUGGACCCAUUCGAGUAUCUGGACCCAUUCCCACUUGGCACACUCGCUCCAAUCGAUGAGAAAGUGGAGCCCAUUGAUGCGCUCCCCGAGUUAUCACCCAGCCCGCCACAACAAUAUGAUGUUCAGGCGUUAAGCGAAUCAAUCACUGAGCUUCAAGGCCGUCUCAAUGGAUUGGAGGACCGAAUAAUGGAGAAGCAAAAAAGGAUCGCCGACUUGGAGGCUUAUGUCGAGAGCCUUCAGCCAUUCCUCUUGCAACUUGGCACGUCUAUCGAGGGACUCCUGACAGAGGUUCCAAAGUAA